UGACAUAUAAAUUCAUAUAUCAAGACAUUUUUUAGAACAAAUAAAGUUUAUGUUAUGUACAUCAAUGUAGUAAUAAGUACUCUUUUUGUUGCUUUCUGGUUUUAGGAUUCAUGAAAAAUAUAUUUAUAACAAAUAAAGUUAACAAUGAGUUUAUAUAGUGAUGCAGCACCAUGUAUUACAGUACAUAUUGAUGCAAAUGGAAAGAGAUUGAACAAAAAUAUUUUACAGAAAAUAGAAGAUGACCUUGAUAUUGAUGAAAAAAUGUCUAUUUUAUUCUUAAUAAUAGAUAAUUAUACAUGUGGUUUUCAACAAAUUUAUAAUUUGUUACAAAGGUUUAAGGUGCAUCGUUCGUAUAUACUUGCAGAAUUCAUAGAUAGCCAUCCAAAUAAUUGGGAAAAUAAAUUAUUGGAAGCAAUAUGUAUUAUACAAAAUCGGCAGAUUAUACGGAAAUUAGGAAUUUCGUAUAAUGAUUUGGAAUUAUUUUAUUUACCAAAGAAUGGAUCUUGUUCACGAUAUUUGAAACGAGUUGUAAAAUGUUUGUACUUACUGUGUGAAUCACUUACAGAAGACAGAAUACAGUCAUUAUUGAGGUGUGUUAGAAAUGAUUUAAUCGAAUAUGAAGAAAAUCUUAAAGAUACAGAUUAUCUUGAAUUACAUAUGUUAUAUUGGAUGCAACGUAAAUAUAUUUCAGUUUGUUUGGAUGGCGAAGUAAGCCUUGGAAACUUACUGAAACAUUUGAAAAAGUUUGACGAUUUAGAACUUAUUUAUGAAGAUCUUAAAAACUAUGAAGAUUAUCAGAACAUGUUGGAUACACAAAAUGCAAAUUUUAAAAGUACAUCUCAAUUACAAAUAUUCUCCAUAAAAGAAGAAAUACAAAUUGAAGUAGACGAUGUAAAAAAGAUAAAAAAAGGACUUUGUAUUAUUAUAAGUCAAAUGUUUUUUUUAGGUCAAAAGUUUGAAACUCGAUUUGGGACUUUGGCCGAUUGUGUUAUGUUAUCAGAAACUUUUAAUGGCUUUGGUUUUACUGUUAAAGUAUUCAAAAACCUCAAAGAAGAUGAAAUACUUAAAAAGUUGAAAAAUAUUCCAGAAGAAUUUGGUAUUGAUUAUGACUGCAUCUUUGUAUGUAUUUUAAGUCAUGGGUGUAAAGGUGGUAUAAUUAGUGCUGAUGGGAAAGAAGUUUAUAUCGAGACAAUAGAAAAUCAAAUUUGCUGUGAAAAAUUAAAAGAUGUUAUUAAAAUCGUUAUUGUACAAGCUUGUCAGGGACAAGCAAUAGGUCAAGCAAAUGAUGCCUUAACUAUAGACGGUCCUAGUAAUUACAAUGUUUCAAAUAUUUUAGCAUAUCAAAACUUUUGCAUAUUCGUAGCAACAAUGCAAGGUUUUGUAUCUGUACGUCAUAAAGCGGAAGGAUCAUGGUUUAUACAAGAGUUUUGUAAUGUUUUACAAAAUGGAGGAUAUAAAAUGACUUUUUUGUCCGCUGUCAGAAAGAUAAUUCAGUCUGUCACGCAAAAGCGGGGAAAUUUAAAUGGAACAAAUUCUAUUGCACAGUUACCUGAACUGCGGUCAUGUAGACUGCUUACAGAUUUUCAGUUACCGGAAUAUCGAACGAAUAAGUGGUAAAAUAGCAAUAUAAUGUUUAUAUAUGACAAUAAGGUUAUCCUGUACUUUAUAUUGGCAACAUAAAUGACCUAAUUUAAGAAAAGCGUGUAGGCGUGCAUGUAAGUACUUACACAUGCAUCCACGUUAUAUUUUUUUAU